GAAAACGUCACUGUCGAAAUGAAGUUCUCGCUCGCAUUUGCAGCAUUAGCUGGUCUGGUCUCUGCCAGACCAUCUUUCUUGGACCUCGCACGGCGCGACGGCGCCAUCAAAUACACUGACCCGGAGACCGGCUUCGCAUUCUCCGAGUUCAAGGCCGCCUAUACCCUCACAAGCAACAUUGUAUACCGCUUCGCACUCCCCAGCGACCCGCCAUCUGGUCCGUAUGAUGCCGUGAUUCAGGUCGUCGCGCCAGUACAGGUCGGCUGGACGGGUCUUGCAUGGGGAGGCACGAUGCUGAAGAACCCACUCACGGUCGCAUAUCCAAACGGCAACAGCGGACCAACCGUUUCGUCGCGAUGGGCCACCGCACACUCAACCCCAAUGACCUACACCGGCGCAACCUACACGAUCCUCAGCAACGGCAACCGCGCAAACGGCACGCAUUGGCAGUACACGGCGCUAUGCCGCGGCUGCACGCAGUGGAACACGGGCUCCAGCACCGUCCGUCUCAACCCUACGGGCUCGUCCCGCCUCGCUUUUGCCUACUCGCCUGGCCGCCCCUCGUCCCCUAGCUCAAACACCUCGAGCAUUCCUGUGCACGAGGUCGCCAAUGCUUGGAGUCAUGACUUUUCCUUGGGGCUGAACCCGAACUUCCAGGAGUUGUUGGUGAAGAACGGAGUUUCGUGA